AUGGAGACGAUUAAAGAGGACUGCGGGCGACCGCUGGAGCAGUGUGACCGAAUGUUCAUCAGCACUCCUGAAGGGGCUCGCAACGGGACAUUUUCCGCGCCGCACAUGGACAUCGCUCCUCGUAAGUCUGGGUCGCCGAAUAGGCGGGAGUCCUCCACAGGUGGCGCAGGAAACAGAUCACCAGUCCGUCAAUGCUUAUACACUUUCAUCGCUCAACCUGGAGAACGGGUCGACGUCACGUUCACCACUUUCCGCGUACGAGGCACGCCACCCGAGUGUAAUCACGAAUAUCUCGACAUCUAUAGCGAAGUACAAGACCCCGCAGCGGAUUUGAUCGAGUCACCUUUCGGUGGUCGGUUUUGCGGAAGAAUCUACCCCCGUCGGAGAAUUUCCGUUUACAGGACACUAGUCAUCAGUUUCUACACCGAUUUCCCAAACGAUACAGCCAACGUCUUUCGCGGAACAUACGAGUUCAUCAAUGCUUCACGAUUCAUCCUGGGAACUCCAGCAUCACCCGGUUCAAUUUGUUCCUUCAAUAUUCACGGCUCUCAGAAACGAGAGGGCGACUUCUACUCACCAACAUAUCCGGGCGUUUACCCCAAAAAUCUUGAUUGUCAAUACAGGUUCAUUGGAACGAAAGGACAACGGAUUCGGCUCGAAUUCAUGGACUUUGAUCUUUCCUUCGGAGGCUCUCAUUGUCCAUUUGAUACGGUAAAAGUUUACGAUGGACCGGACGAUGGGCCUGGGACUCCUUUGAUCGGUACAUAUUGCGGUCAGCAGCGAUCCUUAGAGGUUUUCAGCUCCGCGGAGACUCUAUUCGUGCGUUUUCGGACGUUAAAAAGACAGGCCGACUCUCAGAACAGGGGCUUCGCAGGCUGGUUCGAAUUCUCUGAAAAGUUCGCCAAAUUAGAUUUCAUCAGCGAAAAUGGCGAACACAUCCGAGGGAGCGAGUGCGACCAGAAAAUUUUGUCGCGUAAGGAAUCGACUGGGACGGUUUACUCACCAAACUGGCCUUUAUUGUAUACCGCAAGCGUCGUCUGCAAGUAUUUCAUCUACGGCUUGGAAGACGCCCAACAUUUGGAGAAAGUCAGACUAAAUUUCGAGAAAGUCGACAUCAACGCCUCCGAUGCCGAAUGUUCCGACGCUUUCGUCAAGGUCUACUUGCAGGGCCAGGAAGAGAGAGGUGAAAUGGAAUCUUUCGACCAUGCGUUCUGCGGGGACACGGUUCCUCCGCCAUUAAGAAGCGAAGGUCCUCGACUCAUGCUGGUGUUCUCAAGCGCCAACACUCAAGGCCAAGGUUUCAAAGCCACCUACACAUUCGAAACUGACUACAAGAUUCCCGGCACUCCGUCACCGGGUAAAGGCUGCUACUUCAGCUACGUCAGUGAAAGUCAACUGAGUGGGGAAUUCAAUUCUCCGAGGUAUCCAUCAAACUAUCCUUCACGAACAAUGUGUGAAUAUGUCUUCCUCGGAAAGCCUGACGAACAGGUCAAGAUCGUGUUCAAGUACUUCAGAACCCGAUCCGACUCAUCGACCACUCAGUACAAUGACGGGUGCGAGGAAGAUUGGUUGGAAAUCUACGAACAGAAUGAAAAAGGCCAAGAGAAAAAAUACGGAAGGUAUUGUUCGAGCGCUGCUCCGGGCCCUAUCGUCACCGACCUCGGCUACCACACCGUCCGGGUCGUUCUCCACACAGACGAUCAGGGUGUCGCCGGAGGUUUCAGCGCGAACUACUAUUUCUUGAAGAACGUUACCCGAUACGGCGACUGUGGAUUGAACGUCACUGGGCUGGACGGAGGAAUUUUGACUUCUCCGGGAUAUCCAGAAAACUACAAGAACGAUCGUCAACUCUGCAACUGGUGGAUUACGGUAAAACCCAAGCGACGAAUACACUUCUAUUUCACUAUGUUCCAUGUAGAGGGCGAACCGACGGAUCGGGGUUGCCCAUCUGCGGUUGUACGAGUUUGGCCAGAUCCAAAUGGAGUCGGUCCCCCGGUCGAGCUCUGCGGAGAAACUUUGACCAAUGAGACGAGAGAGAUCAUGUCUACGGGGAACACGCUCAAGGUUCAAUUCAUGACAGCGGCCAAGGCUGUCGGGAAUAGGGGUUUCAAAGCCGUCUGGUCUGAGAUCAGAGAUGACGACGAGCACUGCUCGGCUUUAAAAUCGACGUCAAGCGCGAUCGGCAACUCAAGACCAUUUGCUGGUGGUGUACGUUGCGCUGCGAGCUCGCGGUGCAUUUCCGCGAAAUUAGUUUGUAACGGCGUUGCGAAUUGCGGUCCUGGGGAUGACAGCGACGAAGUCAACUGCAUGCGGAGCUCCGGGAUGAACUUGUUCAUCGUGACGAUAGCAGCUUCGUUUUUCGUCGCCGGCUGCACGUUGUUGAUGAUUUGUGCGAGCUGCACGAGCAAACGCUCAUGGCGCGGGAGAACGCGUCUGAUGUUCCCCCCUGCGGAAGAGGACGACUCAUCGCCUCACCCAGCGGCUCCGAACAUUCAUUAUAGUAUUAAUUGUAUGGAUGACGUGUGA